AAGACAUGAGGUUGUGGAUUUGAGAAGGUGUGCAGAGCAGACACAAAUACACUCCUGAGCAAAAUUUUAAGACCAGUUGAAAAAUUGCAAGAAUUUACAUGUUGAACUGUUGGAUCUCAACAAGGUUCAAAGUUAAAGACCACAGCCUUUAAAAGCCUAAAGCUUCCGUGCCAUUUUCUGUCAGGUAUCCACACUGUCAUGACCUCCUGACGGCAAAGGUAAAAAAGCUUUCUCUCUUUGAACGCAGUCGGAUUGUUGAGCUGCAUCAGCAAGGCCUCUCGCAGUGUGUCAUUGCUGCUGAGGUUGGGCGCAGUGAGACAGUCAUUUUAAACUUUUUAAAAGAUCCCGAGGGUUAUGGAACAAAAAAGUCAAGUGGUAGAAAGCUUUUUUGCCUUUGCCAUGAGGAUUUUGAGAAAAGAGCCCCCCGGGGUUUAGAGCGAGGCAUGGAAAAGAAGUGAUGUUAGGGUUAAGGCCAAGAUGACCCGGUAAGGCCAUGUAACAAGUAAAAAUAUGUCACGAUAAAGGCUAUAUUUCGUAAGCUUCGACUGCUAUAUUAUUCAAGUCAUUGGGCCUCAGUACGUCACUUCCGGCACACAGCCUCCGCCCCGUGUUCACGAUGAUGUCAAUCUCCGCUCCUCAAUGAAUCCACACAGCAGCCCGUUAAUGCAUCGAUAAUAAGUUUGAAAAUAAAUUCUGAUGAGCGACGAAAUAACUCAAACCUGCUUUAUCAUAAUAUUUUAAAAAUUGUAAAAGAAAUCCCAUCAUUGCCUUCAUGUAUUCACAUUUCUCAUACCGUGUUCAUAUCGUAAGGUUCCCUAACAGUAGCGACGUUCCCGAGAUGCCACAUGACCGCGCUUUGCUGUGCUCGUACACAGCUGACAGAGGGGGUGGUGCUCUAUCCAGUUCUUCUAACACGUCCAUGGUGUGUAUGCUCGUUUUUUAUUACAUGGGCGGUUGAAGUGGGCGGAGCACUUGACUUUCUUUCAGACUGGUGCAAUAUUCGUACUCUGACGGUGUACAUAACAAACUGUCGCAGCGACCACGUGCGGAAACACAGAACCACGAAGUGAGGACUCUUGUGAACGUGGUUGUACUGUCGAUUUUAUUUUGUGUUGGUUAAAAUCGUCAGACUAAUCAAGUUCAAACUACAUCGGGAUCAGUUUGUUUUUCAGUCGUAGCGCACAAGAGGGGGCGGCACCUGCGUUGAUGGCCGGUAAAGGCUGUCUGGUAACCAGGAUCUGAUGAUGGAGGAGGAGAAUUCCACGCCUGAUGCUGUUGGUCUCAGUUGGUGUGACUCCUCCCCCCUGCUGUGGAGGAUCGAGGACCUGAAGUGGUUCCGGUCUCAGGGUCUGGUGGGUGCUCUGCUGGGGUCUCUGCCCAGGACACCGCGGCAGAAUGGACGAAUGGGACGACCACUGCUGCUGCUGCCAGAAGAGGAGCGUCUGCUGACUGAGCGCUGUGCCGCUGCUGCACUACCUGCUGCUAAACAUUGUGCUGUAGAAGGGGCGGAUGUUCAUCAGUGUGUAAAGCAGUAUGAGGCAGAGCAGCAGCAGAGUUAUGAGGAGCAGAGGGUUCUCGCUCUGGAGGACAGGAAGUCUGCACUGCUCCGGGCGAUGACCUCAUCACACACAGACCCCCAGACCUCAGACGAGGCCCUGCAGCGCCGCUUGGAGGCCCUUGACUGCAGCUUUACUUUCCCUCUGUCUGCGCUUGCGGUCCAGCUGAGCACAGCGAGGGUGGGGCUAACUUACUGCCAUGAGGACCGGGCAUUCCUGCAGGCCAAUUGGCCAAUCAGGAAACAGGACAACCCGCGUUGUGAGGUUAGGUAUCAGGUGUUCAGCGACCUGAGGGGACGGGGCUUCUACCUGACAUCAGCAGGGAAGUUUGGAGGAGACUUCCUUGUUUACCCAGGUGAUCCUCUUCGUUUCCAUGCCCACUUCAUCGCCGUCUGUCUGUCCCUGGACGAAUCUGUGUGUCUGCUGGAUGUCCUCGCUGUGGCGCGUCUGGGCUCUAAUGUGAAAAAGACGGUGCUACUGUGCUCUGCAGCGACGGACGGUAACGUGCUGUACACGUCGCUGCAGUGGAGUGGGAUGGUGUGAAGACACGGAGCUGGACACUGAGGACCUGACCUGUCCACCUAUCUUGCUUGUCCUCAGUGGUUAAUGGUACAAACUGUAAGAGGAGACAAAAAUAACUUGGACCUGGAUUGCUUGCUGGUCUAUGUCUGGAACAGUCCUACCUCUUAGUCCACACUCCAGAUCUGGAGCCAGGUUUUGCAGCACAGGAUCAGCGAAGAAGUGGAGACAGAAGUGUGUCCAGCAGAGGGUACACUCCACAUUUGUCCACCCGAGAACAGAAGAAUGUCAUGAUUAGGUGUCUCAAAACCUUGAAACUUAAAACAAUAUAAGCAUCCCUUUUAUCCAAGUGUAGACUGUUAUAUUUAACAUCUGGAUUAUUCAUUUCAUUAUUAAAAACACAUGUUAAUGGAAUUAACUUGAUAUUGUCAUAUUUGAAGCGUAAACAUGGACAAGUCCAGUCUGAGAUUUACUGUUUUUUGCUAUAGUGUAAAAAUCAUUAAUUUAACAAUGAGUGAAAACACAAUAAACAAAGUCAAAGUUGAAA